AUGGCCAGAGACUAUGGCGCGAUGGGCGAGCAUGAUGAGGUGGCAGAGGAGAUGGAGGCAGUGACGGACGACGAAGCGGUGAAGAAGAAGAGGUCCAGGAAGAACAAGAACGGGUUGAAACCAGGACAGGCUCUUUCGUUCACGGGGCUGGAGCCAAGAAAAUGGGAUGGUGUGGACAUGUUGGACAUGAAACAGCUUCUCCCUCGUUUCUUAGCCGGCUGUCUGUGCAUGACUCUUACUAUCGGGCUCGUGACUUUCUUCUCCUAUCAAGUCCUUGAGGGGCCCUUAGGCAAGGCACUUGACGCCAGUCAGAAUCUCAAGCAUUCUUCAGCACAUGCGCAAACUCAUCAGAUGGCGUUGAACCAUCUGAACAAAAAGAUUUCCAACGCGCACUCAAUCCACAGGCAGAAAGAACACGAUCAUGGGGACUUGAAGAACAAGCAAGCGCAUCGCAGGGGCCGUCAUAUGCUGAGUUACGAUGCUGCUGUUGUGCAGAGACAGGAGCAGAAGUGA